CUUAUAGCACAGUGAGUAAAUAGCUAUCACUUUCCCCAAAAUCUCAGAAAAUUCCCCUCCCAAACACCCGCUUACUUGUGCUCAACCUCCUUCAUUCUUCAGGUUUCUUUCUCACUAUCACACUCUCACAGUCUCACUUACUUCAUCUGGUAUCACAUCGAUAUUUUUUUCUUCUUCUCGCUUCUCUUCUGAUUCUGCGUUCUUUACCCUUACUGCGGUGCCAUUUCUCUUCUUCUUCCAGUACCCAUUAUCAGCUCGUGGUCGUGGUGACAUUUCCUGCGCCAAAAAGAGGUUUUUGCCGCUUCUGCGUUUUUAGUCUUCUCAUUAGCCCAAGAUGACUCGUUCUAAAGCCAACUCGAUGAAACAGCGUGGCGUCGACUUCAAGAAAAUAAGACGAAAGGUUGGGAGGAAACUGCCACCGCCUAAGAAUACAACAAAUACCGAAAUCAAAUCUAAAGCAAUUGUUCUGCCGGAGCAGAGUGUAGCAGCAGAGAAGGGGGGUUUACCUGUAAACAAGAAAGGUUUGACUUUAAAAGAACUUCUUCAGCAAACAUCUCAUCACAAUGCAAAAGUUCGUAGAGCAGAACUGAUGUUGCCCAAGUAUGCUGCUGUAGAAAAAUUUCGUGAGCGCAUUAUUGAUGAUGAUAAAGUGGUUCGAAAAUCAUUGUAUGAUCUUUUGAAAUUGGUGAUUUUCCCUGGCUGUAAAGAGGGUACUCAGCAGCAGAUCAUUUCUUUAUUGAUGGCUUACAUUUUUCAUGCAACGACACAUAUUGCGGUUGACGUUCGGAUCAUGGCAUUUAAUUUCUUAAGCCUUGUUAUCGAGUUUCAUCCUCCUUCCUUUUCCUCUUAUGCAGAAAAAAUUUUUCAGAAUUAUGAGGAUAUUCUAAAGAAUAACCAGUACUAUUUACAAGACAAAGGAAAACUAAAAGAUUUUCUUGAUGGGUUGGUUCGCUGCUUGAUGCUCCUCCCCUGGAAUAAAGGAGAAACUGGUUUGCAUAAUAAGGAUGAUAGGGGCCUAAGGGUACCGCAUGCUUAUGAAGAUGAUAAGUCUAUGAGCUGUAAUAAUGAUUUUUCUCAUAUCAUACAGAAACUGAAGAAUCUAGUGUCAUUGUUAAUAAAUGUUUUUACGGAAUUUAUUCGAUCAGUUAAUGCUUUGGCAAGUCCUGAAGGGAAGUCCUUUGGUUGUCUGGCAUCCAUUCUUCACAGCAUAGAUCUUAUAGUGAGGUCAUUUGUGUAUUGGACUCGUCGUAAGAAGUCAAAAUUCCCCAUUUUCCAAGCUGAACCCGAUGUGGUUGUAUGGGAUGAUACUAUUUCUUUUGUAUUCUUGAAGAAAUUAAAUCCUCUUUUUCCUCUGAAUCCAGUGCAUCAUCUCUCGGAAAAGGAUUGUGAUAGGUUGCUUGACUUGAACAUGGUCAUUGCAAAAAUAUUUUUUGAAUUAAAUGAAUGGAUUUGUCUCCAUCCUGAUUUGAUGAAGAAAUUUCUAGAAUUUAUUGAAAAUGCUCUCCUUGGGAAGCUCUGCAGGGCUAAACAAUCUGGUACUGCUGUUUGGGAAAAGCAUCUAGUUCAGCUCCUUCCUUUUAUUCCAAAUUUUUUGUUUCUUGGGGCAACCUAUUGGACAUCUCAUCAUUCUUCAAAAAAAAAUAAAAAUUGGCCAUCUUGUCUUCUUAAGGCAUUUACCCACACAUUCAGGGAAAGCAAGCCAGAUUCCUCAUUGAAAUUGGCCUGUGUUUCUGCAAUUGAAGAUAUGCUAAAUCAUUACAUCUCUGCAUCCCUGAAGGUCGCAAACACACAUUCCCUUGAGAGUACAGAAAAUUCAGAAUUCGUUGAUGCUUUACUUGCAUGGACAAGAGAGCUCCCUCUCUUACUGAUCCAGCUCAGAGAUAAUCACCCAGUCUGCUCCAAGGCUGUAUUGCACCUUCUACUCCACAUUGGACAAAAUGCUCCAGUGCAUCCAUCACUUGUUUGCACAUAUGACAACUUGCAGUCCUCAUUGCUAGAAUUUUAUAGUACUUGCCGAGAAGGAGGACAUAUAUGCUGUGGUCCUUUUCUCAGGCUUCCUAGAGAAUCUCAAGAGCUCUCUCUGUGUUGUGUUUCCUAUUUCUCUCAUUUGGACUGGCCUCUUUUAAAGUCAAUGGCUUGUUGUUGCCUAAGUCCUGAUCUAGAUCCCCAUGCGUUAUUUUGGACCAUUGAUGUUCUCGAUUCUGCCUAUAAAGCUGGACAUAUAAAAGUUACAGAUUUCUUGAAUGUCUUCGUCACUCUUGUCUUGCGUUUCGAAGUUUCUCCUGAUGUCAGUUUUGUUGGUUUGAAGAGUGAUCCACGCCGCCAAACUUUGAGGUCCAUGACAACUAGACUUUGCUCAUACAUGGUACAGAUGGGUAACAAUUCUCUUGUUCUACAGAUGACAGAGGAAAUAAUAGUUCAACAAAUAGUGCUAAAGCCUUUUUUGGAUAACAAUUGUUCUCUCUUAAGAAUGAUUGUUGCAUUGGAUUCCGAUUCCGAUUUCGAGUCAAAGCCCAAGCCCUCAAGACUUUCUGAGCAAAGCAUUACCUUUCUAGGCCAUCACCUUUUGGAAUAUCUGAUGGAUGCUAUACAGUGCGUUCCAGAAGAUGGUGACAAGGAGCGCACUUCCUCCUCCAUACUGCUUUAUUAUCUUGAACCUUGUUUUCUUUUGUUUGGUCGGUGCCAUAAACUGAUGAGUCUUGUAUUGAAGACAAUGAGAUCAGCUAUAACUGAAACUAGUUUGACACCUAUAUCUGAUAAUUGCACUCAACAUACAAGCAACUGUUUGAUUAAGGUGGAUGUUGUAGCUUCUGUACUUAUUGCGAUGCACAAGGAUAAAAAAUUGCGAAAGAUUAUGGUUGAAGUCAAAGAAGACAUUGAUUACAUUAUACAGGAAAUACAUUUGUUACAGUCAUCCAGGGAUUCCAAUAUGACCAUCGAAGAAAGGCAUAAGUUACACUGUACAUGUGAGCAACUGAAAAUAUUGAAAUAACAAAGAUGUUUUGGAGGAGAAACUGAUUCAUCUUUAAGUACUUGUUUUAUCAUUUACUAAAACUUAAUGUUGGGUUGGUUGUUAUUCUUUAUUCUAAUAUUAUAUUAAUUAUAGUAUCAU